UGAUGGUUUUCAACCAACAUGAACUUGUCACUUCUCAGCCUAGGUGAUCUUUGUCCCCCACGUAUCAUCCUCUCAUAAAUCAAAGAACUGGGAUUUACCUUACGAUCAUUUACCUCCUCGGGAUAAACAUUUUUAUUCAAAUGUUGGACUCCAAUGAUCAAAAUCAUAGAAAGUGUUUAAAUCGAACCAAAAUUCCCAUCCCCAACGCAAAACGUGUUGUCUCUAUCAAUGAAAUGAAGAUCGUUUCCCAGCUAGCGUGAAAUCCGUCGACCAUCAGUUAUUAGUUGCAAUAUUGUUCAACAGUGCCCUCAGCCGAUCACGGCCUGUCGUUUAUCAAGACCAUUUGCGCACCUUCGGUUCGGAGCUCUGAUUCAGGUUUUCGUCUGGGCGAUCGUCGCUCUACGAGGGGGUUUCCCGAGAAUCUUCACUUCGCGGUGAAAUACUUGAUCGACCUUAGUCUGUUGUUGAUCAUGGCUGAUAUCACACUUAUAUUUGCGGUUCUAAGCAUACUCGCGGAUGCAGCUUCUGCGGACACCUGUGGUCAGAAAAAAGUGAUAGCCCAGCAGUACAUCAGCCAUGGGUACCGAGCGAUAGCGGGGGCAUGGCCCUGGCACGGGGCUAUGUUCCAUCGAUAUCAGCGAUCGAGCUCGUAUGCGUGUGGAGUUACCGUACUGACGGAGCAGUUUGUGAUCACGGCUGCUCACUGCACCAUUGAUCCUGUUGGAGAACAGCGUCUUCCCGCUAGUAGGGUUUAUAUAAAAGUUGGAUUGACCAAUUUGGAGACGGCGGGAAAAUAUUCACAGGAUCAUGAUGUGGAUAAGAUUAUACGACAUGACGAUUACGAUCAAUCAAACUUUGAAAAUGACAUUGCUCUGAUGAAGCUGUAUACCGAGAUCACCUAUACGAACUAUGUCCAACCGAUUUGUAUGUGGCAGGGCGAUACGGCGCUGGGCAAAAUAGUCAAACAAGUUGGCCACAUUGUUGGCUGGGGCUUGGACGAGAACUUUGGAUUGCCUAAAAAUUUGAACGAAGCAACGGUGCCAAUCGUCUCGAAACAGGAUUGUUUAGACAGUGACGUCAAUCAUUAUUCGCGAGUUUAUCAUGAGCAGAAAUCCUUUUGCGCGGGGUAUUCAAAUGGAACGGCAGCUGGACCCGGUGAUAGUGGGGGCGGUUUGUUCCUCCGUGUUGGAAACAAUUGGGUGUUGAGGGGUAUUGUGAGUAACGGAAGAUCAGAUCCAAACACGUUAAAGAUUGACAGUACAAGUUAUGUUGUGUUCACGGAUGCAGCGCAUUAUAUCAGCUGGAUAAGAAAGCAUGUUACUAUCACGGCAUCUGUCUCCAUUGACACCGAUCCUGUUGAUAUUCCUUCACCAUUGGCCUCUGAUAGUGCUGAACAAGCAAAUUUGCUGGGAAUUCGGGGUUGUGGUAAAGAUAGUUACCCCGUGGGAACGCCUGAGGAAUUGAAACGAUUGUUGAAUCAAUAUCCCUGGUUAGCGGUGAUAGAGUUUCUGAACUUGAACACCCGCGUUUUGGAAGACGUAUGCCAUGCAGUUUUGAUUCAUCCUAGGUUUUUGUUGACCGCAGCACAUUGUGUUCAAAGGAAAAGGUUGUCAACUAUUCGCUCGGUUCGGCUCAAUGAUUAUCGACUGGACACUAUAAACGACAUAUUUGAGAUGGAUGGCCGAACGAUCAGAACCACAUCGGAACGAAUCUCGGUUCAUAGCAUAUCGGCGCAUCCGGAAUACGACAAUCCAAAGUUUGCCAACAAUAUCGCACUGGUUAGAUUGGAGCAAGCAACCUCGAUGACCCCGAUAUGUCUGCCAGCGAGGAGAGCCACCCUUCCAACGGACAAAACAUUUAACAUCAUCGGAUGGAAGAAAAACUCCCGCGUGGAAAAACCGAUGAUUCGGAAUGUGGUUCAGAUAGCUGAUUUCAAUGGAUGCAGGAAAAAGUACGCAGAGACGAACAUCCCGCUGGAUACCAGUGGUGGUCAGAUAUGCAGCACUUACAACCACGAUGAUGGCGAGAAUGAUUGCUCGCAUUAUAUGGGUGCAGCACCGUUUCAGUACUCGUGGAACAGUCCUCUCGAGGCACGAUACUUCCUGGCGGCGAUCUCAAGCUUUGGGCACGCGAAUUGUAAGCGGGAGGACUUCUCCGAUGUAUUCACCAACGUGGCCCGUUAUGCGGAUUGGAUUUAUGAGAAGGUGAAACGGAAUGAGUGAUUCGUAUGGAUAAAAUAGGAUUCGUUGAUUCGCUAGAUAUUUAGAAUCGUUGUCAAUUGGUACCAGUAUAACGAAACUUGAGUCACAAUAUGUAUUUGUAAUGAAUCUGGGAUAACUAUGAAACGUAAUAAAACUGAAUGCGUGCCAAGCGUAAAUAGGACUUCUUCGAUAUAGCCUGAUGCAUCAAAUGCAUCUUUGUCUGAUGUUCUGUUAACACGUUCGUCGACCAACGCGACGUUUAUGGGUUCCUUGCGGGGCCCAACUUCCGGAUAAAUUAUUAAAUGAAGAUCACAUAUAGUUUGUAGACAACUUUUACAUGAUCUAGCAAUAUACUUCUUAAUUUGUAGACAAAUAGACAACACUAACACAAGCCAAAGUCAUAUAUGGAUUUCGCAAAAAAACUGUAGUACAAACCAUACGUACUAUAAAUUAAUAAAAGAUAUAGUAUAAACACUAACAUAAUAUGGUUAUAAUUUUAUUAUUUUUGCAUAUAUCCUAUAGUUACACUUAGGUGCUUAUUCUGUCAAAUAAUUUUUAAAAAUCCGUUUCAAUUUGAACUAGGAAAGGGCGUGUUGGGAACGUGUUAAAAUAUCGUGAAUAACAGAUGGUCAAAAGUCAGGUUAUUAUUCCAUAGGUGACAGUGUGAUUGUUGCAUCGACGGGAAAGUUUUUUUGAAGUAUGACUACGGCUUCAAUUUCUAUAUGGAGAGUCACUCUACGAAAUUGAAAAUGAAGCAUGUAACGAAAUCAUUAAGGGAUUUCAACCGCAUGUCACCCAAAAUCGUUGU